CCUGGAGGAGAGAGUGGUCCAACGAAUACUGAGCAGAGUGGCGCGGCUGGACGCCGGCGAAGGCUCCAGCGGGGGACCAAAAGAAGCAUCGUUAGGGAAACAGCCGGAGGCAGGAGCGCUAGACGAGGUGCCCGUCUUCUCCAAGGAAGGGGGAGGAGGAAAGGGAGAGGAGCAAAAGACGGAUGGAAAGGAGGAGCAAGGGACCACUUCCACGGUAGCUCAGCAAACAAGCACCCUGUUGUCCUUGCUGGUGGCGCACGACACCUUGGGGACAGCCCAGAAGUCAACAAGGGUAUGGCUGGGAGAAGGCCUCGGCGCGAUCCCGAAACGGGUCCAUACGAGGAUGAUAAAAUGGGAAUAUGUGGACAUGCAGGACUUUCGACCACGCUCAGCAUCAGACCAAUCACUGCGGGACGC